AUGUCAAUAUUUUCACCACAAAACGAUAAUGAUGAAGAAUUUCUCAUUCAAGAUUUGAUCAAGGCACAUUUAGAAGGAAAAUCAUCACAAAAAACACUUGAAAAAUUCCUAAAUGAUCCCUUCUAUGGGAUGUGUGAUCGGAUCAGAAGGUGGAUUAAACAAGAUGAAUCGAGAGGAUGUUCUGUUGCUUCGGAAGAAGUGAUCAAUGUGGAUUUACUUAGAAAAUUGGAUGAUAAUAUCAAGUAUGAUAUUAUGGAAUUUAUUCCAACCUUUUCGAAAUGGAAACAAUUCAAUCUGGAAAGGGAAUAUUUGAAAAGGAUUAAUUUUCCAAAAGAAAUAAUUCAUUCCAAUGAAUAUUAUCUGGAUAGCAACUUGGUAACCUUUCACAAAAUGAGAUUAAUUUCCAAAUCUUUCAAUAGACGAAUGAUGAUUAAAAUAUUGAAUAUUGAAGAAGUUUUCAUUGAUAUGGAAUUACCUAAUGCAAGAGAACUAAUCGAAGGUUUCAAUAUAUUAUUCGCUAAACAGACUAAAUAUGUUAAGGAAAAUAGAAUAUUACCAGAUUCAACUUUGUAUCUGUAUUCAGAUAAGACAGUUCCUGAUCCUUUAGAAGCUUUGAAAAAGAGUGUUAAGAAGGUUAAGAAGAAAGCAUCCUUGUUCGAUGAUGAGGAUGAGGAUGAGAUGUUUCCUGUUGGAACGAGUAGCUCAAUAUUUGAUGAUUCAUCUGAGGAUGAUUUCCUUCCGAAAGCAUCUCAUUCUCAAAAACCAAUUGCAACAACCCAUUAUUCUUCCCUAUUUGGUGAUGAGGAAGAUGACAUUUCUGAUUUCUCAGACUUUCUUAAAAAGAAUAAUCAAUCCACAAGUCCUCUUGCUUCUAAAAAUGAUGUCAGAGCUCCAUUCAAAAACAAUAGAAGAUCAUUAUCACCAAGAAGAGUCUCACCAGAAGUGUACUCCAAUUUCUGUUACCCAACAGAGUUGAGGCGCCCAGAUACUGUAUCAAAGCCAUCAUCACAUUCUUCAUUCAGUCUCACUCAAGAAAAUUCGACCAUUACUCACUUGAUUAUUAGUGGAAGACUACCACUUGAUUUGUUUCAGUUUUCUAAUUUGAGAGCUCUUACUUUACUUCAAAGUUCGACUUGUGAAAUACCUAAAACUGUUAAACUUUUUACAAUUUCCAAUGAAAGAGAUCUCCAUGGAGGUUCAUUAUCUUCAUUGGAAAUGAUCAAACAUUUGAUAACAAAGAGAUGUAUUGGAGCUAAUGGAAUUCAAGCUAUGUUGAAAUAUGGCACUAAAUUCGGGUCAUUAUUCUCCUCUUCCACACAACUAAUGGAAAAUAUACUCUCUGAAACAACUGAUCAGAGUAUUUUGGAUUACUUGUUUGUUGAGUUGGGAAUUCCUAUUGAGCUAAUCGAUUGUAGAUCCAAACAACCAGCUUAUCAAUAUUUAGUAUAUUUAUGUAAUAAGGUGAGUUUUAUUUGUUCUAUUCCAAUACCUAAUUGA